AUGAAUUGCCUAAUCUGGAACUGUCAAGGGGCGGCCUCUAGAUCAUUUAGCCGUACCCUUAAACAAUUUGUCCGAGAUUAUAAUCCCCUGAUCUUAGGCUUGCUUGAACCCAGAGUCUCAGGCUCACAGGCUGAUAAAAUAUGUUCAAAAAUAGGUUUUGAUGAAUGGAUGAGGAUUGAGGCUGUAGGUUUCUCAGGAGGCAUUUGGGUCUUCUGGAAGGAAGUGAUUCAUCUAGAUAUUGUAAUUACCCACCCUCAGUUUGUACUGUUGAAAGUCCAUAAUAGUAAUAGUGAACCUUGGUUCCUAUCUGUGAUAUAUGGCAGCCCUAAUGGCCCUCUUAGGAAAAAACUUUUUGAAGACCUAUCUCAACAUAGGAUUGGUUUUGAAGGACCCUGGCUUUCAGUAGGGGAUUAUAACUCUGUCAUAAAUAGAGACGAAACUAGCAAUACUAAUACAUUCUCCUUUGCUCGAUGUGCAGGCUUUCAGGAUUGGAUAUUUAGGGAAGGACUUGUAGAUCUUGGAUAUGAUGGCUCAAAGUUCACCUGGAUGAGAGGGUUGAAUUCUUCAUCAUUUAAGGGAGCGAGAUUGGACCGAGCACUAGGUAAUAUUGAUUGGAAGAAUAGAUUCCCGAAUGUAGAAGUAAUCCACCUGCCAAUGUUAAACUCAGACCACACUCCUCUACUGAUUCGCCUUUCGGGAACACCUCCAAAUAACUGCAACAAAAUCUUCAGAUUUAGUGCAGCCUGGUGCACACAUCCAGACUAUCAACGAUGUGUGAAGCAAUCCUGGUCAGAUUCAAAAAGCCUGGGAGAAAAUAUAAAAUCAACAACUACACAAUUGGAGAGUUGGAACAAAAGUACAUUUGGGAACAUCUUCCAAAGAAAAAGGAGAGCCAUCGCACGAAUAAGGGGAGUACAGCGUAGCCUAGCAGUGCAUUUCAGAUCUGAUCUUAUCAAACUAGACCGGAAGCUGCGAGCAGAAUUGGAAAAUAUAUUAUACCAAGAGGAGCUCCUUUGGUUCCAAAGAUCCAGGGAGGAGUGGAUUGUCUCUGGGGACCGGAAUACACAUUUUUACCAUACAGCCACCAAUAUUAAACAUGCUUCCACAAAAAUCAAGGGUACAGCCACCAAUAUUAAACAUGCUUCCACAAAAAUCAAGGGCUUGAGAGAUAAUAUGGGUAUCUGGAUUACUGACAAGAAAGAAAUACUUGAUCUCCUUCGUGAUUACUAUAUGAACUUAUUCUCUGAAGAUAUGGUGCUACUGCCGGAUGACCCAACCAAAGCAGCUUUCCCUACUCUACAAGAAACAGAAUGGUGCAUGCUGAACAGGCCAUUCACAACAGAGGAAGUUAAAGAAGCAGUCUUUGACAUGGCUCCAUUCAAGGCCCCUGGACCAGAUGGUUUUCAAGCCGGUUUCUACCAAAAAACAUGGAACGUGGUCAACGAGGUGACAUCAAACUUUGCUCUUGAAUUUUUUAGCUCUGGCAAGAUCCCGGUUGGAUGUAAUGAUACAGUGUUGUCCCUAAUUCCGAAGGUGACAAGUCCAGAAUUCGCUAACCAGUUCCGGCCAAUUGGAUUAUGCAACACUUCUUACAAGAUCCUAACCAAGAUGAUGACUACAAGGCUAAAAUUCAUUAUGCGGAAACUUAUUGGCCCAUACCAGACGAGCUUUGUUCCGGGGAGGCAAAUUACAGAUAAUAUACUUGUGUACCAAGAGACCUUGCACUCAAUGAGGUAUAAACAAGGCAAAGAAGGAUGGAUGAUAGUCAAAAUUGAUUUAGAAAAAGCCUAUGAUAGGCUUUCAUGGGACUUUAUCCAAUCAACACUCCUAUAUGCCGGUUUUAAUGAAUGCUGGAUUAGGAACAUUAUGGAGUGUGUAUGCACCUCAAGAUUAGCAGUUGCAUGUAAUGGCCAAACAUCAGAUUGGUUCAAACCCAAGCGCGGGAUUAGACAAGGUGACCCUAUCUCCCCCAUACUUUUUGUCCUUUGCAUAGAAAGAUUGAGCCAUCUGAUAGAAAAUGCAGUAGAUAAGGGCACUUGGAAAGGCCUGAAGAUCACUAGAAAAGGUCCGAUUCUAAGCCAUCUGUUUUUUGCCGAUGAUCUUGUUCUUUUUGGAGAAGCUUCCAUGCACCAAGCCUCAGUCAUCAAGAAGUGCCUAGAAGAAUUCUGCUCCAUGUCGGGGCAGAGAAACCAAUCAAGAAUCAUACUCAGAAUUGAUAUCAAGAGUACAGUUGAGGUUAGCUGGGUGGAAAAAGAAAACGUUAUCACUAGCCGGACGAGUGGUUCUCACUCAAUCGGUCCUAACAACUAUUCCUGGAUAUACCAUGCAACGACAUACCUCCCCCAAGGAGUAAUAUCACGAUUAGAGAGGCUUUCGAGAGACUUCAUAUGGGGUGCUGUGGAUGGGGAAAGAAAAUGCAAUCUGAUUAACUGGCAGACAGUUCUGCAACCAAAGGAAAGUGGAGGCUUGGGGAUACGAAGCCUUGAGCCAACCAAUAGGGCCUACCUAGCUAAACUUGGAUGGAGAUUUCUCAAUGAUGAGGACAGUUUAUGGGUAAAAAUCUUGAAAGUCAAAUAUACCAAUGGCAGAACUGAUCUGGAUUCAUGGGAGGCCAAGGCGAGAAUGUCCAACGCAUGGAGAGGAUUGAUAAAAGCCGCCCCAAUUUUAAAAGAGGGCUCGAGGAAAUAUGUGAAAGAUGGAAGAGCAACUAAAUUCUGGCUUGACAACUGGAUUGGACAUAGACCUCUUUGCAGAGAAAUAUUAAGAGAUAUACCUUCCACAGAGAUGCAGGCGACAGUCUCGGACUACUGGAAUUCGGAGACGGGGUGGUUAUGGAGCAAGUUCUCGGAUUGUUUACCACAAGAAACACUUGAUAAGUUGGCUGCAAUUGUCCUCUGCACUGGUGAAAGGAACCAGGAUGGCUGGGGAUGGGGUAUUGAGAAUUCCAAGAAAUUCUCUAUCAAUGCUGCAUACAAAAUAGCGACAGCCACAAUCCAAGGAAGCGAGGACAAAGCGUGGAAAGCUAUUUGGAGUCUNACACUUGAUAAGUUGGCUGCAAUUGUCCUCUGCACUGGUGAAAGGAACCAGGAUGGCUGGGGAUGGGGUAUUGAGAAUUCCAAGAAAUUCUCUAUCAAUGCUGCAUACAAAAUAGCGACAGCCACAAUCCAAGGAAGCGAGGACAAAGCGUGGAAAGCUAUUUGGAGUCUGAAAGUACCCAAUCGCAUUCGAACUUUUCUCUGGCUAGCGAAACACGUACCCAAUCGCAUUCGAACUUUUCUCUGGCUAGCGAAACACGACCGACAUAUGACGAAUGCCAACAGAGUAAGGAAAGGAUUCACAAAUGAUGCUACAUGUAAAUACUGUGGAUAUUACAGGGAAGAUAUGGAACACAUUAUACGUACAUGCCCAAUUGCCAACCGUGUAUGGGAAACACUUUUACCCUAUGAUCAUGAGAUGAUGAAAAACCAGGAUUAUAGAAGCUGGUUAAACGCAGGUGUGCAAGGCUUUGAGAAUAAGUCUCACAAACAUAUGACAAGCAUUACUUUUGCAAUCGCGACAUGGUGGUUAUGGAAGUGGCGGAAUGAUUUUGUAUUCACAGAUACCAUAGUAGAGGUGCCUGCUAGGACCUAUUGGAUCAGAGAGCAGGUGAAAGAAAUCAAUACUGCCUUUGCCAGAUCUAAGCAACCAGGAGCAGCAUUAAGUAUGAGGGCAUGGAAACAGAUUGGAUGGACCAAACCCCCAGAAGAUUGGUAUAAAAUGAAUAUAGAUGGAAGCUGCAAUCUAAGGAAUAACUCUGCUGGAUGUGGUGGCCUAAUUCGAGAUUCCAGAGGUCUAUGGAUAAGUGGCUACAUGCACAAAAUAGGCAGCUGUUCAGCUAGAGGAGCGGAAGCUUGGGCCCUUUUGAAGGGCAUCCAACUUGUGCAGGCACUUGGUAUUAAUAAAGUCAUAAUUGAGACUGACUCAAGGGACAUCUGGGAAGGCCUCUGCAAUGGUAGGCAAAUUGAAAAUGCAGUAGACAAUAUCCUUCUUGCAUGCAAAACUGAAGCCGCUAAUAUAAGCGAGUGGAAAUUGGAGUGUGUUGGUCGUGAACAAAACAGAGCUGCCGACCUUCUAGCAUGGAAAGCCGAGGAACUGGACAAAGGAGUGAAUAUCUUGCAAUCGCCCCCUGCUGAAUUGUUAGAAAUCAUGGAGGAUGACAAAAUUGGUGUAUCGGCCUGGCGCCAGUGGUAG